AUGCGUUUCUCUCAGAUCACCGCCAUUCUUUCCAUCACUGCUGUUGCCAGCGCACAGGUCACGUUCAACCUUACCAAGGCCUACAAGAAAGGUAACUGGGACAAGUACCAUUGCUUGGACGCCGUCAAGGUUAAGACAUGGAUCCCAAAGUGCUUGCAUGAGUGCCAGGACAAAGCCAACAGGGCUGAUGGAUGCGCAUUCAACGACUACGCUUGCCAUUGCAUCAACAACUCCGUGUACUCCAAGCUCAUCGAGCCCUGUGCAUUUCCCGCUGCCAUGGGUGGAAAAGGCACCUGCAAGAUGGCUGAUCUCCGUGUGGCACGUCCAAUAGUUCAAGACAUAUGCAACUUCUUCAACGCAACCAUCUAUUCCGAUUACCAUGGUUGCAAGCAGAAGCUUAGCAGGGAGAAAACUUUUGGAAUGGUCCGCAAGCAGAAGUUUAUUGCGAUCGACUCGGAAUACGAUGAAGACCGUCUGCACUAUGAGACCGACUAG